UGCGUGCUCGGGACGCUCGUAGAUGCAUAUUUCCGGGGCUACGACUGCAUCACCCUCGAAGAUGGUGUCGCAACGACCUCGCCUACUGGCGGCCUAGAAAAUGUGCUAUACAAUGCCACGAAUAGCUACGGAUUCGUGACAGAUACAAAGAGAGUGGAGGAAGCCAUUGCGAAGGCCGCUAGGUCCUGA